AUGAAGUACGUUUUGGUCUCUGGCGGCGUCGUCAGCGGUGUGGGUAAGGGGAUUAUAGCGUCCUCGGCAGGCUUGCUGCUCAAGACGGAUGGCCUCAAGGUUACGGCGAUCAAGAUUGAUCCGUACAUCAACGUCGAUGCCGGAACCAUGAACCCCAAGGAGCACGGGGAGUGCUUUGUGCUCCGGGAUGGCGGCGAGACAGAUCUAGACCUCGGAAACUAUGAAAGGUAUCUGGGCCUCAACCUCACGCGGGAUAACAACAUCACAACCGGCAAGAUCUACAAGCACGUCAUUGAAAAGGAGCGGAGGGGUGACUACUUGGGCCGUACUGUCCAAGUCGUGCCUCAUGUCACCACAGCCAUCGUCGAACACAUCGAGCGCGUCGCCAAGAUCGCCGUCGACGAUAGCGAUUCAGAACCGGACGUGUGCAUAAUCGAGCUCGGCGGUACUGUCGGCGAUAUCGAGAGCAUGCCUUUCGUCGAGGCCCUCACCCAACUUCGACACAAGGCGGGCAAGGGCAACUUCAUCAACAUUCACGUCUCGUACAUCCCCAUCGUCAAUGGCGAGCAGAAGACGAAACCGACACAGCACGCGGUCAAGAGUGUCCGGAGCGCCGGCCUCAUCCCCGACUUGAUCGCUUGCCGGUGCGAAAAACCGCUGGAAGAAGUCACAAUUGGCAAGAUUGCCCAGAGCUGUCAGGUCGAGAUCGAGCAGGUUGUUGCUGUGCGGGACAUGCGGACCAUCUAUCAAGUGCCCAUCCUGCUCGAGCAGCAAGGCCUCAACGAACUGCUGCGAACCACUCUCAACUUGGACCAAGUACCCACGACGCCGGCUCUCGUCUCCAGAGGGGCUGAAAUCUGGAGGAAGUGGAAUGAAAUCAUCCCUCAGGAGCACGCCGACAAGCUCGACAUCGCCCUCGUCGGCAAAUACGUCGAGCUGCCGGACGCGUACCUGUCGGUCGUCAAAUCGCUGGAACACUCGGCGAUGCGGUGCGGCCGGAGGCUGAACCUCAUAUGGGUCGACUCGGAGCAGCUCGAGGACAAGACGCAAAAGAGCGACCCCGUCGCCUUCUACAAGGCGUGGCACGAGGUCUCCACCGCGGCGGGCAUCCUCGUCCCCGGAGGUUUCGGCCACCGCGGCACCGAAGGCAUGAUCAAGGCGGCCCAGUGGGCUCGCGAGCGCAAGACUCCCUACCUGGGCAUCUGCCUGGGCAUGCAGAUCGCCGUCAUCGAGUACGCCCGUCGGGUCUGCGGCAAGGUCAACGCCACCUCGGAGGAGUUUGACUCGGAGGCCGAGGAAUGUGCCAUCAUCUUCAUGCCAGAAGGCUCCAAGGAGCACAUGGGUGGUACGAUGCGGUUAGGUGCGCGCGCGACCCACUUCCAGCCUGGGAGUGAGUACAGCAAGCUGCGUGCCUUGUACGGCAAGGCCACGACGAUCGAGGAGAGACAUCGCCAUCGCUACGAGGUCAACCCGGAUAUGGUCGACGAGCUUGAGAAGGCGGGUUUGACAUUUAUUGGCAAGGAUGACACGGGCAAUCGCAUGGAGAUAUUCGAGCUCAAGGACCACCCGUGGUUUGUUGGCGUCCAGUAUCACCCCGAGUAUCUCAGCCGCGUGCUCGACCCAUCGCGGCCGUACUUGGGCUUCAUCGCCGCCUCUGCGGGCUGCCUCGAAAAGGUGACCAAGGACAUAUGCAACGAAACAUCACUGCCUAUUCACGGCAGUGCUAACGACUCGAAAUUUUAA